CAAAAAUGACAAUUGGUAAGACUUCCACUCUGUGAGAGGAGGAGGAAUUCUGGGUAGGACGUACCAACAUCAGUAGCCUCAGCCUGACAGUUAACUGACAAUAUGGUUUCCAACAUAGCCAUUGCUAUUCUCCUCCAUAUUGCUGGGCUGAUGGUCGAGAGCGGUCAAGGUCAAUUGUAUGAUAACCAGUGGGGUCAACCUCGAUCUCAACAAUCACGUUAUGCAGGUGCUUCGAGCCCCAUGCUACGUCUUCCUGGAUUGAACCUAGGAGUUCCCGGUCUAAGAUCUGCUAAUAUCGGAAUGGGAACAGCUGGACACCGUGGAACUGGUCUUGGUGUGGGCAGUGCUGGCGAUGGACGUACUGGAGUGGGCGUGGGACUCGCUGGUCGAGAGGGCAGAGGAAUCGGAAUAGGCCAAGCUGGUGUAGGAGGAACCGGCAUAGGUCUGGGACGCUCUACUGGGAGAAGAGGCGAAACAGGAACGGCACAAGGAAGUCUUGGUUAUAACACACUGGAUAUAAGACGACUCAAUAGAGGUGCAAUAGACCCUGGAUAUAAUCGCGGUACUCUGAAUUUUGGCCUGAGAUCAGCUGGAAGAGGAGAUGCUAGAAUUGGUGUAGCGAAGGUUGGUGAUAGAGGAACUGCCAUGGGUAUUGGCAACGCAGGAAGCGAUAGUUCUUCCGUUGGUUUUGGCACAGCUGGAACACGGGGUACAGCUUAUGGAAUAGGUACUGCUGGUCUUCGUGGCAGUACAGUGGGUACUGGAGUUUCUGGAGACUUUGGUACGGCGUAUGGUAUUGGCACUGCCGGACAGGACGGCAAUGGGAUAGGCGUUGGGCAGUCUGGUAGAAGAGGAAAAUCAGUGGCAAUCGGAAGUGCAAGAUAUGGAGGCACUGGCGUUGGUUCUGCCAGGGCUGGGGAGGCAGGGACCGCAGUUGGAAUAGGGCGUGGUGGUAACGGUGUAGGUGUCGCACAGGCUGGUGUUGGUGGGACGGCAAUUGCGAUUGGUCAGGGCAAUCCAGGGUAUGCAAUUCCGGAAAUUAAUACAGUUGGAGAUGCUUUUGAUUAUGCCCAAACCGCCCAGUCUCAGAGAGGAUUCGGACUCCCACAAUAUAUUCCUGGUAAUCAACUGGCAUUUGGACAAGAUCCGGGACGCUCAGCACUAGAUCUAGCGCAAAACAUUGGUAAUUCCCUAGGAUAUGGACAUUCCAUCGGAGCCGCUCUUGAAAUUGCACAAUCGGUUGCCCGAACAACAGGCUUCCGAUUUUGAACAUUGAAAAAGAAUGUAUCACAAUUCACAGGUCGAUUAAACAAUAUAAAAUUUA